AUGGAAAACCCAAACGACAACAACGACAACUCGCACUCCCACUACCGCACAACCGGCACACGCCGAAUCCCCUCAUGGCUCAACGCCAUACCCUCCGAAGCAGGCGGGGGAAGCGACGCGACAAGCAGAACAGGCCCCUCCGUCGCAUCCCAUCGCCACCACCACCACCCUCAAGGCCCGCCACCGCGAUAUUCAUUCGGACAGCCAGAGAAGUCAUCAUUUCCAGCAGCAACUCAAGACCAAUCCAUGUCCCCGCCCAAAAUGAAGAUAAGAGGACAUUUCAACCCUCCGAAUCAGCAGCUUUACUCUGAGACAUCACUUGCCUCUUCCGGCCCCCAGCAGCAGCAGCAGCAUCAGUUUCAAACCCCAACAGCUUCCACCCAACCCACACAGCCAUCAUCACAACAGUUACUCUCACUCUCACGACCCGAGCCACCGUGCCCAAGUAAACCCUCCCCUGUUAUGGACCCCCUCCGUCAAGAGGUCACAACCAAUUUCACGUCUCACUGCCCGGUGUGCAUUUCUUCGUCGUCGUCGUCGUCCACCGGCCAAUGUAACCGCUGCCAAAUGAUAAAAUCAUACGUCCACCAACCAUGUCACACCUACCGCUUUUUGAGCUCGUUUCUGUUGCCCAUCUCGGAAGUUUUCAACUACGAGGAGAUGCUGGCUUAUUUGAAUGAGACGAUUAUUGAGCGGGUUAUGAAGGGAGGGAAGGCGGAGAAGGUUUAUCCCGUGAUGGACGACUUUGGGGUUGUGGUGGAAAAGGCAAGGAGGAGGAAGGAG